GUGUGGUGCGUCGCCGAACUGGUGGAGGCCAACGAGCUCCACCUGCGACAGGCGGUGAAGAUGCACUCAGCGGCCUCGCGAGAUCGAUGUCUGGAGACGCUCCUCCGCAUCGACGUACGGGCCGCAGAAGCCUCCUUCCCCGCCGACAAGGAGCUGGUCUUGAGCAAGAUCUGCGAUGCGGAGGGCUUCAACGAGCGGCUGCAAGACUUGAUGCUGCACCGCUUGGAAGGUUUCUUGCAGACGAGCAGAGCACGAACAGCAGCGGCUUUAUGUGAUGAAGUGGUUCUGGCGGCAGUGAAUGUCGUCAUCUAG